UUAAACGAAUUCAAUUUAUUCAAAAUAAAAGACACAUAUAAAGACGUUACAGUUCUUUGUGUCCUUCGCUGAAAAGUUUUAGUCUUUUUUAGUUUUAGUUUUUUGCUCAAGGAACAUAAAAUUUCAAGGUUAUGGAUAACUUUACGUGGGCCCGCCGACUCGAGUGUCCACCGACAGUGCUCAAUACCGCAAUAAAGAAAACAUUAUGCAAAGGAGUACUUGAAUUUUUAUGGGAGGACAUUUCUAAUUCUGCAUUUCCUGUGGAAGAAAUACGUACAAUCAAAAAGAACAUUUUGCUGUACAAGCUGAGACAUGGCAUCAAGGAUUCCACAAUCACAUCUGUGAAAGACUUGAAUCGAUUAAGAUCCAAAAGUAGUGUACUAAAACAACAGAUAGCUACAAUGGAACAGGAAUACGAAGAACAGGAUUAUGUUGUCAGAGAAAAGAUGCAAAGAUUGAAGGACAUAAAAAACAAAUGUUCACAAGUCAGUAUUAAAAAUGAUCUUCUGAAAUUGAAAUACAAAGAACUCAACAAGGAAUGGAAAGAUUAUAAAAACAUAAGGCAAGUGUGUUCGCAUUUAAUGCCGAAUACUUGUAAAGACAUGGAUCAACAAAAAUUGAGGGAAAAUCUGGAUGUUACAGCAAGCUUGCGUUCAACUGGUGAUAAAAAACAAGUGUGGAGGAAGAUAUCAAGUUCUCUUGGUGAUAUCGACACGUACACAUUGUGGACACAUUUGUAUCAAGCACUAACUCAAGACUUAGAUACAUUAAUGAAACUGGAUAAUGGAAAUACAAAUGAAAAUUGUAAUAGCUUAAGUAUAGUGGGCGAAAAUAUAGACAUUGGUAUUGCAAAAGCUUGUGGGCAAUACAUGUGUAUGAUGUUGAAACGAGCAUCAUAUAAUGCUAAAACUGAUAUAGACAAGCAACAUUUAAUUAAAUACAUAGAAUUAAUAGAGUCGGCCUCUGAUCAAGAUGUGAGCACAUGGCUGUCAUUAACGUUGGAAGUAACAAAAUUAGAAACCGAACAAGCAUGUCUACAAAGUGAAAUUCAAAAGUUGAAGGACGAUAUCCAGAACAAUUCUUCGCUCAGUUGCGAUAUAGCUCAGUUAACAGCUAAUAUAAAGACGAUCGAUGCGCAAAUAGACAAAUAUGUCAAGAGUAUUCAACAGUCGAUAGCUGUUUUGACUUUGGCGGCAUCGCUCAUAAACAAGGUGAAGGAGAAGUUGCAUCACGAGUUGCAGAAAAUUGUUGCGUUGCUAGCCGAACCUUACGAUGCAAAUUGCAUCAAUAACGCGUUGGAGAUUGAACUAGACAUUUUUUACAACAAUUUGGAUCUCAAUGCUUUGCGAAAAGUAAUGUUGAAAGGAGAUGCGAGACCGUAUAGACACGCAAUUUGCGGUAUCAACAAUGCCUCUAUCGCCACAAUAAAUCCGCAAUGUUCGAGGAUCAAGCCUUAUUUUCCGAUGAUACAGAUGCCACUGUACUGUCUUAUAGAAUGUUUUAAGAAUGUAAUGGCCAAUUUAAUUUAUACAAAGCAAUGUUCUGUAGUAACAGAGGAUGCAGAGCACACGGAUAAAUUAGUAGCGUUUUCACGAGAAAAAUGUGAUUACAAUACCCUGGAGCUCUUGAAUCUUUCUAAAAUGGCUUGCGAUCAGGCGCGCCAAGAGAUCGAACGAUACAACGCGAUCUUACACGCUUGGACGAAUCAAGACGUUCAAAAGGCAAUGGCACUCAACGAAACAACCGUGGACGGUGUGUCUUUUAAUGAUUGGUUGAAACGUUACCAUUUGUUAUUAUGUAUGUUACAAAGUAGUAAAUAAUGAUAAGUUAUUUUAUAUUUUCGAAAAUGUACGCGCGUAGUAGUUUUAGUAUGUUACUUUUAGUAUGUUAUUUUUAUAUAAACAAAAAUUAUAAGAAAAUUUAUA